AUUGGACAACUCUGAAUGGAUGCGUAAUGGUGAUUACACGCCUACUCGUUUAGAGGCACAAAAGGACGCUGUUAAUCUCGUAUUUAGCUCGAAAACUCAACAAAAUCCAGAAAAUACUGUUGGAAUGCUAACUAUGGCCGGCAAAAGUCCCGAAGUCCUUGUUACCUUAACUUCAGAUCAUGGCAAAAUAUUGACUGCACUGCAUAAGACACAAAUUGGUGGUAAAAUUAAUUUUACAACUGGUAUUCAAAUUGCUCAGCUUGCACUCAAGCAUAGACAAAAUAAGAAUCAAAAACAGCGAAUCAUAGUAUUUGUAGGCAGUCCGAUUGAAGCCGACAAAAAUACUCUAAUAAAGUUAGCUAAAAGAACAAAAAAGAACAAUAUUGCUGUGGAUAUCAUCAAUUUCGGGGAGGAAGCUGAAAAUACUGCUAAAUUAGAUGCCUUUGUGAAUGCCGUCAAAAGUGGUGAUAAUAGGCAC